AUGUUCAUAUUAGUAAUAUCAAUAGUAAUUCUGACAGCAAUAAUAGUUUAUUCUAAAAACAACUCAAAAAAGAGAAAUCCUAAAAAUAGAAAUAAUAAUAAUAAAAUCACCAAAAAAACAUCACCAAAAAGAAAGGAAGCUAGUGUAGAACAAUAUGAACUUAGAAGAGGAAAACAGAUCUUAUCUCUGUUAGAAGAUAUGAAACCAGAAACAGUUCCAUAUUCAGAACUAAGCGAACCAAUGAAAAAGGAGAGAUUUUUAAAGAUUAGAGCAUUGAUCGAUAUCUUUUUGUAUGCAAUCGGUUCAAAUUACGAAGAGUUCAAUGAAGCACUCCACAUAAAAAUGGCAGAGGAUGACUUUAAUAAAAAAUAUAAAAAAAAUAAAUAA